AUGGAAGCUUACUCAAACGGUGUUCUUGGAACUAACUGUCCCAUUCCUCCUCAAUGGAACUUCACUUAUAGCUUUCAAGUCAAAGAUCAGAUCAGAAGCUUCUUCUACUUCCCUUCGCUUCACUUCCAGAGAGCUUCUGGUGGGUUUGGUCCAAUCGUAAUCAACAACCGGGAUCUUAUUCAUAUCCUUUUCAGUAAGUCUGAUGGUGAUAUCAGCUUUAUGAUUGGUGAUUGGUAUACUCACAACCAUACAGCAUUGAGGAGUGUACUUGACUCUAGUGAAGAACUUGGGAUGCCUGAUGGAGUUCUCAUCAAUGGCAAGGGUCCUUACAAGUACAACACCAAUGUACCUGAUGGAAUUCAAUACAAAACCAUUAACGUUGAUCCAGGGAAAACAUACAGGAUCCGUGUCCACAAUGUUGGUGUCUCGACAAGCUUGAACUUCAGGAUUCAGAACCACAAGUUGCUCUUAGUUGAAACAGAAUGUCGCUACACCUCCCAAACAAACUUCACCGAUUUUGAUAUUCAUGUGGUACAGUCUUACUCAUUCUUGGUCACCAUGGACCAAAACGCAUCAAGUGACUACUGCAUUGUGGCGAGUGCAAGAUUUGUGAAUGAAACAGAAUGGCAAAGAGUCACAGGCGUUGGCAUUCUUCAUUAUUCCAACUCCAAAGGGCAUGCCUCUGGUCUUCUACCACUUCCAUCAACUGAUGUUUCUCACCCUUGGGGAGCUCGUCCAAAUCCACAUGGAUCACAUCACUAUGGACAGAUAAACAUCACAGGCACAUACAUCUUGAGGAGUAUGCCUCCAACCAAAAUCAAUGGGUCACUUCGUUCUACGCUUAAUGGGGUUUCAUUUCUGAAUCCAAGCACGCCCAUGACGCUUGCGGAUAAGCAUAGACUGAAAGGAGUUUAUAAGCUGGAUUUCCCAUCCAGGCCUGUUGACAGUAAACCUCCACGUCUGGAGAGUUCUAUCAUCAAUGCAACAUACAAGGGAUUUAUUCAAGUUAUCUUCCAGAACAAUGACACCAAAGUCCAGACCUUCCAUAUCGAUGGAUAUUCCUUCUACGUCGUUACGAUGGACUUUGGUAACUGGACGGAAGACAAAAAAGGUUCUUAUAACAACUGGGAUGCAAUAUCACGAAGCACGAUAGAGGUUUAA